UUGGAAUCUCAGUCCGGAAGCGUUGAGUCGGUUCACCGUGCGUGUGCUGCGGGGUCUUCUCGGUGUGUUGCGGGCACCGUCUCCUGUUUGUCUCCGUGAUGGCGGUCUCUGUCCGCCUCUUUCCCGCCGUUUCGGUGCUGUCCUGUCUGCUCACCGCGGUGUGCGCACGCAGACACGUGCUCGAGCUCGGGGACGCGGAUUUCGACUACCUGGCAGCGGAGCACGAGACCAUGCUGGUGAUGUUCUACGCUCCAUGGUGUGGUCACUGUAAGAAGUUGGCUCCAGAGUUUGAGAAAGCAGCGACCAGACUGAAGGGAACGGUGCAGCUGGCAAAGGUGGACUGCACAGCUCACUCAGAGACCUGUGGUCAUUUCGGGGUAUCUGGUUAUCCCACACUGAAGAUCUUCAGGAAUGGGAGAGACUCCGCCCCCUACGAUGGACCUCGCAGUGCAGAUGGGAUCUAUCAGUACAUGAAGAAGCAGACCGGUCCAGACUCAGUUCACCUGAAGACUGAAGAAGACCUGCAGACCUUCAUCAACCACUACGAUGCCAGUAUCAUUGGUGUGUUUUCAGGUACAGACAGCUCUCACCUGUCAGAGUUUCUGAGAGCUGCAGCUCUGCUGAGAGAACAGUUCAGAUUUGCUCACACUGCUGAUCUGAAUCUGGGAAAGAAUUACGGAGUUAACUCAGAGUGUGUGUUGUUGUUCAGACCUCCCAGACUGUCCAAUAAGUUUGAGGAAAGCGUCGUUGUCUUCACAGACUAUCUGAGCAUUGGCUCUCUGAGACGCUUCAUCAGAGAUCAUCUUUAUGGUCUGUGUCCUCACAUGACUGUGGAGAACAGAGACCGUCUGAGAGUUCGUGACCUGCUGACGGCAUACUACGACCUGGACUACCACCACAACGCCCGGGGGUCCAACUACUGGAGGAACAGGGUGAUGAAGGUGGGGUCUAACUACGCUGGGCGGGGCCUAACGUUUUCAGUAGCCAAUAAGAAGGACUUCCUGUCUGAGCUGGAGGACGACUUCGGUCUGGGAACGUCAGACGGAGGAGAGCUGCCGUUCGUCACGAUCCGGACCAAACUGGGCCACAAGUACACCAUGAGAGAGGAGUUCACGAGGGAUGGUCAGUCCUUGCAGAGGUUUCUAGAAGAUUACUUUGCAGGUCGACUCAAACGUUACGUGAAGUCUGAACCUGUACCUGAGAAGAACUCUGCUGCUGUCCAGGUGGUUGUUGCUGAGUCGUUCGAUGACGUGGUCAAUGACCCGGAUAAAGAUGUUCUGAUCCAGUUUUACUCUCCGUCUUGUCCACACUGUAAGAAACUGGAACCGGUCUACAGAGAGCUGGCUGACGCGCUGUCGUCUGAUCCCAGCAUCGUGGUCUCGAAGAUGAACGCUGUCGAUAACGACGUCCCACUUGGCUACGACGUCCAGGGGUAUCCGACCAUUUAUUUUGCUCCGAUGGGUAAGAAGGACGAACCAAUCAGAUACGAGGGUGGACGGGAACUCAAAGACUUUCUGAAGUUUGUAAAGCGUGAAGUGAGUCACAGUCUGAGGUUCAGAGCGGCCAAUGACGAGCUCUGACACGUCAUCCACCAAUCCGGACUGACCAGCUGGUCUCCAUGACGAUGGGACAGAGCAGGACCACCUGUCUGUUGUGAUGUCAUCCCUGACAUCAUCCAUGACAUCACCAGACUGCCUGCUGAUUCAGUUUAUUUUUGUUGGUUUUAUGUUAAUGAGGUCUAUAAUUAUUAUGUAAAUUAGAUUUAUGUUAAUAGUGUUUAUGUUAAUGAUUAUGUUGAUUGUUUUGU